AUCCUUUACUAUGUCUAAAUCUUUACCACGAUUAUAGACUCCGUCCUUGGUUUUCAGUUCUUAUCAAAUUUUCACGUAACAUACGGCUACCCGAUAGGGAAGUGUUAAAAUAUAAUUUUGCAAUUAAUAAUUUUUCAAAAAUGUCUUUACCUCGUGUAAUUAAUAGCUUAUUAAGGACCAAAGCUAUUUAUACUGCAUCUACUAGAAGUGUAGUAUCACAUGAACCUUGGAAACCUGGCCCGUAUCCGAAAACUGAAGAAGAAAGGCUAGCAGCAGCAAAGAAGUAUGGUUUACUACCAGAGGAAUAUGAACCAUACCCAGACGAUGGACUAGGUUUCGGUGAUUAUCCUAAGCUGCCUGACAUUGGGCAAGAUUCUAAAAGUGAAUACUAUCCAUGGGAUUCCCCUGAACAUAAUAGAAACUUCGGCGAAGUGAUGCACGUUCAUUCUGACAUAUGGGGUUCAGACAAAGGAGAUCCUAACUAUAAAGAAAAAUCUCGAUUUCCAGAUUGGAUGAGAGUAUCAUCUUUGUUUAUUGCUGUGUUUGGACUUGGAGGACUAAUGUGGGUUGGGCAACAUUAUGUUCAACGGUAUCGUCCAUUUAUGCCUAAACAGUGGCCUAAAGAAGAUGAAAAAUAUUAUACUUAUUCUGAAAAAUAUUUUUAAACUGUUAUUUCUUUGUAGUACUCAUAAUAAAGAUGAAUGUGAUUUGUUGCUUAAGUAGAAAAUUAAAUACUAACAUUUAUGUUUUUAAUUUAAAUACAAUAUCAUGAUGACUUUUGGA